UUCACAGGCUCCAUAUUGAAAACAAAUGAGUGAGGAGUGAGAUGCCGAUGGCAAACAUGUCGAAGGGUGCGACUAGGGCAGGGGCUUCUAAGCUCUGCCCAGUUCGCAUCACUACGAUGGAUGCCGAGCUAGAAUUUAAAAUAGAGCCAAAGAGUACUGGCCAAGAACUAUUUGAUCUUGUGUGUAGAACAAUCGGACUACGGGAGACAUGGUACUUUGGACUCCAGUAUGUUGACCCAAAAGGCUAUGUAGCAUGGCUUAAACAUGAGAAAAAGGUAGUUGAGCAAGAUGUACCAAAGGAAUGUCCUCUGUCCUUUACUUUCCUGGCCAAGUUUUACCCGGAAGAUGUUUCAGAGGAGCUUAUACAGGAAAUCACUCAACAUUUAUUCUUCCUGCAAGUCAAGCAAUCUAUCUUGAAUAUGGAUAUUUAUUGUCCUGCAGAAGCAUCAGUUCUGCUGGCUUCAUAUGCUGUACAAGCAAAGUAUGGGGACUAUGAUGAAGCAACUUACCAGCCUGGCUUCUUGUCUAGUGAAGAUCUGCUACCACAGAGAGUGAUAGACCAGUAUCAGAUGACACCAGAGAUGUGGGAGGAGAGGAUUAAAGUUUGGUACUCAGACCACAGGGGGAUGACAAGGGAUGAGGCUGAGAUGGAAUAUCUGAAAAUAGCACAGGAUCUAGAAAUGUAUGGUGUGAAUUAUUUCCCCAUUCAGAACAAGAGAGAUUCUGACCUGUGGCUUGGAGUGGACAGUCUUGGUCUUAAUAUCUAUGAGAGUGAAAACAGACUAAAUCCAAAGGUCACCUUUCCCUGGAGUGAGAUAAAAAAUAUAGCAUUUAAAGAUAAAAAGUUUACAAUAAAGCCAGUGGACAAAAAAGCACCAGAUUUUGUCUUCUUUUCUCCCAAACUUAGAAUGAACAAACUGGUAAGUGAAUUGAGAGCUGGAAAACAGACUUUACGAAAGGCGUCGGACCGUCGGACAUGCCUGGCAAAUUUCGUCUCGAAAAUGACUAAUUUUUUGUCUANUGAACUGGUGAGGGAUAAAGAUGAGCUGGAGAGGAAGGUGCUGCAUUUACAGGAGGAAGUGAGAAUCGCCAAGGAAGCCUUGAUGAGGUCAGAGGAAACUGCUGAACUACUAGCAGAGAAAGCCAGAAUUGCAGAAGAAGAAGCUAUGUUACUCACACAAAAAGCUGCCGAGGCAGAAGCAGAGAUACAAAGAAUCAAAAUAAGUGCAAUAAAGACUGAAGAAGAGAAAAUGCUGAUGGAGAGGCGAGCAAGAGAAGCUGAAAUUAUUGCUGCAAGAAUAGUAGAGGAUUCAGAAAGAAGGGUGAAAGAAGCCGAACAAAUGAAAGAAGAGCUCAUAAGAGCCAAGUUUGCUGAGAAACUGGCAAAAGAUAAAUUGUGUGAAAUGACAAAGAGUCCUUACUCUGCCUUGUACCACUAUGAUCCUGUGGCCCCUGAGUUAAGUGACCUCAGUGUGGACACCUUGGACAUCAGUAGGAAUGAUCGAGUGUCAUUAACAGAUGGAGAUGAGUGCGAUGUUGAUCUUAUAUCAUCCCAGGACAUGAACCAGCUGUCUUUGGAACUAGAGAAGGAGAGAGUUGAAUACAUGGAAAAAAGCAAGCACUUGCAAGAGCAGUUAAAAGAUCUCAAAACUGAAAUUGAAGUGCUGAAGGUUGAAGAAAAACAGACGUUGAUGGACAGAAUUCAUGAUGAAAAUGCUGAAAUGGGGGAAACAAAGUAUUCUACGAUGAACAAGAUUCGUUCAGGAACCACCAAAGCCAGAGUUGCAUAUUUUGAAGAAUUAUAGGACUCGGCGUAUUCUUGCUGCAAUGCCUGAAAAUACUCUGUCCAGCAGAAACUACUGAAUGGAUUAUCAUAAAGAUCCCAUGUAUUCCCCCAUGAUCUUUGUGAGGUUCUUCCAUUUGUUGUGAAAACAUGCUCUAAUUUCUGAUUAUAGUGUUCUCAAGUUCUUAAAACUAGCUUCUCACUCAGUCAGUGAACAAUACUAAUAAUACAUUGAUGGCAUUUUUUUUUUUUUACAGAAGUGGCCCCUCACUGAAAUGGUUUUUAAAAAUGCCAUCAUAUCUUCCAAUGUGCCUAUGCAACAAACAGUAUUUUAAAACUAAUUGGUUAUAUUAUGUCACCUUAUGCAAAUAAGACUUGACGUCAAUGAUUUAUCUUAAGGAUUAAGGAUAGAAGGAUGUGCCAAACCUCUUCUGCAAUAUUGUAAUACUUUGGAUUUAAUUUGCCAAAAAAGGUUUUAGAUAUAUAAUAUUUGUUCAUCUGUAGAAGUCUUGUGUAUGUUGGCAAGAGCAGGGGGAGGCAAGGCAACUUAGGGUGUGAAUGAGUUGAUGACCUCUGAUCUGCACAUUCAUUACAUUUAACUGCAUAGUUUCUGUGUGUUUUGUUCAUGUGUUCGUGUGAGCAGAUUUGUUGUCCUGCCCUGAUCAAACUUCUUCAGGGUAACCUGGAUAUUCUUUUAAUUAUAAGCAUUGAACCAUAUCAAACUGGAUAUAGGGUUUCUUGCCAAUCCUGUAAAAUAUCAUUUUCCAUUCAAGCACUAUAAAGAAAAUGGGCGUUUAUUAGUAUUAUGAGGAAGAGGGGGCAGUUGAGGAAUAUUUUUCCUUACAGUGUUGUAUUUUGUGAAAACCAGCUAAUCCUGAUAAAAGUAAUGAAAACAAUUAAAUAUUUGUCACUUAUGGCAGUUUUCAGUAGAUCUGAAGAAUAUAGCAAGCAAAACAUUGGAACAAGUUCAAGAUCAGAAUGACAUUCUGCCAAUAUGCUACCAUUUUGCACAUAGGUCAUGUAAUUGCAUUGAAAUAGCCAUAGAUAUUAUUCGAUUUGAAAAAGAGCAGUAUGUAUGUUUUGUUAAACAACAAGACAAAACUAAUGAAUAUUUUUAUAUGGAGCAGUGCAAAUCUCAUUCAUUUAUUUUAAAAAGUUGUCUGUGGAUAAAGGGUGACAUCUGUCACAUUUCCACUUGUAUUCCGCAGUAAAGGUGCUAUUUUAGUAAGCAAUGUAUGUCAUUAUUUCAAUCUUAAAUCACUUGACUUGUACAGUGUUAAUUUUAAUAUUUGAUUUCAGUUUUUUUUAUUUUUCAUCAUUGCAAGUGCUUGUGUUCUUCAAAUGUUCACAGUUUCAUUAUUCACACAGAUGAAAAUAAGCUUCAGGCUUCUUGUGCCCAAGCAUGGUAGUGAAGUAAAAACCUAUACCCCUGCAGUGUGUAUGGCUCACCUUAGAGAAUUCCAUUUCAUGACAUGUGCAAUGUGUAUUAUUACACAUAAGGACAGAACUGUUGGACUUGAAAACAAGAUGGGUUUUCUAGUUUAUCAAGUAAUAUCACAAAUUUGUAAUUUUAAACAAUGCAUAUACAAAGAAAAAUUGGACAAUGAUUAAAAGAGAAGUUGUUUCAGUUCAAUAUAUUUUAGUAAAUUUUGUCAUAAAACCUAAUCUUGUAUUUUACUUAAUAAAAGCUAAUCAUUA